UUGGAGGUAACCUCUGGCGCAAUGGCGACUGCUAGAACUUUUCUGCGAUACGGGCGGAUUCUCUCAAGAAAAAAUGUGUUUGCUGCUAGUAGACCACUGUCUAGUUUAUCAAGUUUACCAGACACACAUGAGAUGUUAAGACAGUCUGUGAGAGAUUUUGCAGACAAAGAAUUGGUACCAAUAGCAGCAAAGCUUGACAAAGAACACCUGUACCCGGCAGAGCAGGUCAAGAAGCUAGGAGAGAUGGGGUUGAUGUGUGUUGACAUACCCGAGUCGGACGGAGGUACAGGACUGGACUACCUGGCUUACGCCAUCGCUAUGGAAGAGGUUAGCCGAGGAUGUGCAUCCACGGGUUGUAUAAUGAGUGUCAACAAUUCCCUGUACCUAGGACCAGUAAAUAAGUAUGCCACACCAGCACAGAAGGAACAGUUUGUACAUCCAUUCCUUAGUGGUGACCGAGUUGGCUGCUUUGCACUCAGUGAACCAGGAAAUGGCAGUGAUGCCGGAGCAGCCUCCACCGUUGCCAAGCUUGAUGGGGACUCCUGGGUACUCAAUGGAACCAAGGCCUGGAUCACCAAUGGAUACGAGGCAGAUGCUGCCAUAGUUUUUGCAACAACAGAUAAAGGACUCAAGCACAAAGGUAUCAGUGCGUUUUUGGUGCCCAAGCCGACGCCCGGCCUGUCCCUUGGGAAGAAGGAAGACAAACUCGGCAUCAAAGCCACCUCUACAUGCUAUCUCAUUUUUGAGGACUGCAGGAUACCAAAGGAAUACCUGCUCGGGGAACCCGGCAUGGGCUUCAAAAUUGCUAUGCAAACCCUAGAUGCUGGAAGAAUAGGAAUAGCUUCGCAGGGUUUGGGAAUUGCACAGGCAGCAUUUGAAUGUGCUGUUGACUAUGCCCAGAAGAGGGAGGCAUUUGGCCUACCUAUAUCACGCAUGCAGACAAUUCAGUCCAAGUUGGCAGACAUGGCCAUGGCUAUUGAGAGUGCCAGGCUGUUGACAUGGAAGGCUGCUAUGCUGAAGGAUGAUGGCAAACCAUAUAUAAAGGAAGCAGCCAUGGCCAAACUAGCAGCAUCUGAAGCAGCAACCAACGUCAGUCACCAGGCUAUUCAGGUGUUAGGAGGUAUGGGGUUCACGACAGACAUGCCCGCAGAGCGACACUACCGGGACGCACGCAUCACCGAGAUAUAUGAGGGCACCAGUGAGAUUCAGCGCCUUGUGAUAGCAGGACAACUCCUUAAGGAGUACCCCGCAAGUUAACAUGGACAAAAUGAUAAUGAUAAAGUUGUACAUGGACUAAACAUUAACAACAGAAAUUUACAGACAGAUUGCCAACAACAGGGAAUUAUGGACAAAAAACGAGAGAAUUUGGACAGAAUGUAUGCAACUUAUCAAAAUGAUAUAAAAGAUUCAGUGUCUUAUAAAUCAUUUACCAAUUAACAGACAAGGUCCUUGUUUCAAAAACACUCAGUAAGUCCUUUUUUUUGCUUAUGGGAUAUGAUAAUUUGGGGUAAAGAAAAAAUUUAAGGAAAUUUUCCUUAAUUUCAGUAAUGCUUUCGUAUGGAAAAAUCAUUAAAUUAAGGAAUUUCCUAAAAGUAAGAAAAUUUGUGAAACUGGGAUCAGACACAUGUUUAAUGACCAAGUCCAAAACAUUGCAUCUUUGCAAAACACAUUAUAUAGCUUGACAAAUAUGUUUGUUUGUGAAGUGCGAGAGUUGUAAUUUAUCGUGACAGUAUUAACAGCAAUUUGAUAUAAGUUUUUGAUUUUAAGUUUUAGACUCAGUCUGAUAUAUUUAAUGGAUGUUUAUUGUUUUCUGCCCGCAUUUACACAUUUUCAAUUAAACUAUUAUGCAUUUAGUAGAGCAAAUUUUCUCACUGGGUGAAUUCUCUUAAAAGGUUGAGGGGGAAAGACUGGCAUGGCGAAAAUAUUAAGGUAUAUCAAGAAAAUAGUUAACUGAUAUUUGAACUUGAAACAACCACUAUACUUCAAUAAUAGUGGGAGUGAGGAAGAGAGUACUCCGUUAUUGCUAAAAGAACCUUGGUUUUUCUCUCUUUUUUUUCUCCACAAAAAAAAAUAAGGUGGAAUGGGUGAUGUGAGGGAUAUAACUGACAGGAUGUAAUCCGAAAAUGGGAGAUGGUAAUGAUUUCAAGCGCGAAGAUUGGUCUUUAUCAUGUUUUUAGGAUGUUGUUAAUUAAUUACUGUGGAUAUGAAAAUUUCUGUUGAAUUAUUUGUGAUAGAUUUGAAAUGACACUAUUCCUAACUGUUUUUUUAAUUUGGAAAAGAAUUUGUUACAAUGUACUUAAGAUAUACAGGGUAAUUUAUGUGUCCUUUUUUCAUGAUUUUUGCUUUAAGAUAGGGUUGUCAAUGGUUAUCCAGUUACUCAGUCGGAAAACCAUGCACUGGGUUACCAAAAUCAAUAACCGAAUAGUCGGACAUCUAUUUAACCCAUGGGGAGCUCCUUGUUAUAAGGCUUAUACCAAGAAUUUAUCUAUGGAUGAGACCGUUUUUGAGUAUUUGUUAGAAAAGCUAUAAUCAGACUGACCUGUUAGUGUGAUGUUUUUGUUCUCGGUAGUUAAGAUUUAAAAGGAGAUACUGACAACACCUUUUAGAAACCCAAACAGAUUUUAAAAGGGAACCAGAAUGCAGAGUUGUGAAAUACCAAUUUUGUGAGGUAGAAAUCACUUUUAAGAGUGAGGCGUAAAAAUAAUCUCCACAAUCGAAUGAUAUAUCGGUGAAUCAUUUAAAGAGGUGCAAUCAUCUACGGAUAAAUUUGUCCAUCCAACUAUGUUUCUCAAGGACAAUAUCACCGCAUACGAUAUUGAGUAGAAAUACAAUGUAACUUGUUUAUUGUUUGAUUAAAAAAUUGACGGAUUAACCGGUUACUUGAUCGGAAGAUUUUUCAAGUGACCGGUUACUACAAAACUGUAAAACUCGACUGGUUUGACAACCCUGCUUUACAACUGAUUCAGUGUUGCAUGUCUAGCAAUAUACAGAACUAUCAAGACACAGCAGACAUGCCUAGCCAUGCACUGUUGGAAAAGUGUUUUCCAAGUAUGAGAGAACUAUGAGAGAACCAAAACCAGAGGUUUACCUAUUUAUUCCAAAUUGUGCCAUGUACUUUUAGAUAUUGAAACAAGAUGUUACUGUAACAGUGGAACAUGUUUAAUCCGACACCUUGUGAAAUUCAACAUAUUGGUUGGAUUAGACAGAGUGCCGAAAUACAAUGUAUUAUUUGGAACUAUGUAUAAGACAUUGCAUCAAAGCUGCAUGUUUGAUAUGACAGGAUAUCGUAGUAUACGUAUUCAGGUGUUGGAUUACACAGGUUUCACUGUAUUUUUUUUGUCUGCUGAAAGAUUAGAAUCUAAAAUUCAUCCUCAGGUUGUUUAUAUUGUCUUUAUUAUAACUAAUCAAAAUCUGUUUCGAGUCAUACAACUGCUCAAGCAAUUUUUGUGUUGAUUUUCAAUUUAUACGUUAAUUUAGUCAUUAGAUUGUCUAUUAUAAUUGAAUUAAUAUUUUGACAUAAAAAAUGUCAAGUCUCUUUGCAAUUUUGGAAGAUCAGCAUCAUUGAUUAUGAAGAUUCUCAAAAUAUAUCCACAAAAUAUAUUUUUCUCAACUUAGUUGAUAAAUUAUGGUGAAGUGAUAGGAUGGAUUACUUGGGUAAAUGAUAAAAACCUAUACAAUUCUUGUAUAAUGGAAUGUAUAUUUCAUGCUCGAAUCAAUAUAUGUAUUUUACCAAUGAUAAUUCCAAAACUUUCAAAAGAUGGUAUACACUAUGUAUAUACAUGAAAAGUGUAUUUCACUUGGCGAGAGGGGUUUAUUUCAGGUAGCUUGUUUAACAUGUAAAUUAACCAAUCAAUACAAUAUAAUGUUGAUGAGUGAUUUUCUUAUUUUAAUUUCUUUAAUUGCUGUGAAAUUUGGUAUGAGUUACUGAUCUGUUUAUGAAUGUGUAAAAAAGUGUUUUUGUAUGCUUUGGUGGUGCUGAAUAUGUUGAAAAAAGGGAUCAGAGGUAAGAAAUUACAUUUCUUUUAUAAAUUAUAAUAAAAUCAUUUGAAUUUGUAA